CAAGUCUAAAGAUCGAAUCUUCAGACUCACCCAGCAAGUACACUGCACUACUAUGCUGUGAGCUUCUUUGGCCAAUUUUAUCUUCACAAUUGCCUAGUCCCGAGUUCGAAUCUCGGCAUUCUCUGCUACCAAUAUGGUUAAAAGUAAAUCCUCGCCAAAGCAGAAUCCUCACAACUGCCUACACCAGACUCAAAAUUUCAAGGGAGUGAGAAUGAGAAAAUGGGGGAAAUGGGUUUCUGAAGUGAGAGUGCCCAAUUCCACAGCCAGAAUUUGGUUGGGCUCGUAUGAUUCUCCUCAACGGGCAGCUCGGGCUUACGACUGCGCUGUGUAUUGCCUCAGAGGAUGCAAAGCCAAGUUUAAUUUUCCCGAUUCUCUGCCUGAAAUUCCAUCCGCCUCUUCAUUAUCUCCAGCACAAAUUCAAUCUGUUGCGGCCAAAUUUGCCCGUGAAGAAUUCUUGCAGGUGCCCGAUUACGGUGCCAAAACAUUUUCUGGCUCAGAAUCUCAGUCAUGUAUUGACGAGAAACAGAUUUCAGAGGAGCAGAAUUGGGCUCUGUUGGAUUCUCUUCUUCAAGAUAUUGAUAGCAACCAUUCCCCGAAUUUAGAAGAUUUUCUUCUAUCAGAUGAAAUGUUACUGGAUAAAGAUUUUCUUUUGUUUGAAGAAAAACAAGAGGGAUUUUUGUCCAGCAAACAGACAGAAGAUUGGUGGGAUUUCUAAAUUCACGGUGACUAAGGUUUUACGUCGCUGCGUAAUACUGCAAUUAUUACGAAGGUUUUACUUCGCUGUGUAAUACUAAAAUUAUUAAAUUUGCUUAGUGUGUAAUCAUUUAAAGUUUUCCACUCAGUGGGUGGGUACUGAGUAUCAUGUUUUUCUCGAGGGUACCCCAAAAGAAUUGGGUAUUAUAAAAGAUUUCAUUUAAAUAAAAACGUUUGUUAAGUUUUUA